AUGUCACUUUUUCUCCUGGAGAACGAAGAAGAAGAGGAGGAACUCAAAUCCUGCAUAAGUCGCGAAUCCAUGCGACAACUUUACGAGAUGCGUCAUAACAAUAUUUUGUGCGAUGCGGUCAUUAAAUUACAGGACAACACAAAUUUCAAUGUUCAUCGUAAUAUUUUAGGAGCCUGUAGUCCCUUUUUCCGGGCUCUUUUUACCACGCCAUUAAACAAAAGUAACGAUAACGAGGCGGCCGGUGACAGCGGCAUCGUCAUAAAAGGCAUCAGAGCGCCAAUUAUGGAGCAAAUUAUUAACUACGCCUAUUUGCGGGAAUGCCAAAUUGAUGUCACAAACGUACACGAGCUCUUUACGUGUGCCGACUACUGCGGGAUUUUGGGCUUAAUGCAACGCUGUAUCGAUUUCCUCACGAAAAUUUUGAUGCCGAAGAACUGUAUUGGCAUCAUGCUUUUCGGAAAAGCUUUGGCUUGCGAAAAAUUGUAUCAGAAUGCACGAAUGUACGUUUUGCGGAAUUUUGUGGAAAUUAGUAGUGAAAGCGAUGAAAUUAUCCAGUUGCAAUUCGAGGAAUUCAUUAAUGUCAUUGCCGAUGAACUGCUGAAUGUCAAGGAUGAGGAAACUGUGUGGGAUUGUUGUUUGCGAUGGUUGGAUCAUAACCCACAGGAACGUCAGAGGCAUGUCACGCAGUUGCUGAGGGCUGUCCGAUUGGGAUUGCUUAACACUAAUUAUUUCAAUGAGCGUGUCAAAGACAAUCCUUACGUCGUUGCCAAUGAGGAAGCCAAACCCAUCAUCAUCGAAACCCUCACAUUUUUAUACGAUCUCGAUGUCAUGAACACCGACGCCUCCGACGAGGUACGAACGCCCGCAAUUGCCAUGCCACGUCUUCCGCACGAAGUUAUUUUCGCGAUUGGCGGUUGGAGCGAAGGCGCUCCCCAGUCGUUCAUCGAAACGUACGACACGCGCGCCGAUCGUUGGGUUCGCGUCUACGAGGAAGAUCCCGCAGGUCCUCGAGCGUAUCACGGCACCGCCGUAAUUGGCUUCAAAAUUUACUGCAUCGGCGGCUUCGAUGGCAUCGAAUAUUUCAACACGUGUCGAUGCUUCGAUGGCGUCACGAAAGAAUGGCACGAAAUUGCUCCGAUGCACUGCAAACGGUGCUACGUUAGUGUGGCGACUUGCGAUAAUUUUAUUUACGCCAUGGGCGGGUAUGACGGCAGUAAUCGACAAAAUACGGUAGAGCGAUACGAUGUGCGGACUAAUCAAUGGACAAUGAUGCCACCGAUGCAUGCCCAACGUUCGGAUGCCAGUGCGUGUUGUUUGGAUGGCAAAAUUUACAUAACGGGCGGCUUCAAUGGACAAGAGUGUCUUAACACGUCAGAAGUGCUCGAUCCAGCGACGAAUUUAUGGACUGUUCUGCCGCCGAUGUUGCAACGUCGUUCCGGGGUUUCGUGCGUUGCGCAUCGCGGCAAAAUUUACGUCAUCGGAGGGUUUAAUGGACUCAGUCGCAUGAAAUCUGGCGAAAGAUUCGACCCCGAAACCGGCACGUGGACCCAAAUCCGCGAAAUGUAUCAUGCACGCAGCAACUUUGGCCUGGAAAUAAUUGAUGACAUGAUAUUUGCCAUCGGAGGAUUUAAUGGAGUCGUUACGAUCUCGCAUGCGGAAUGUUACGUACCCGAAACUAAUGAAUGGUUGGAGGCAACUGACAUGAGUAUCAUUCGAUCGGCACUCACGGCGAACGUUGUUUAUGGCUUGCCGAAUGUGCGUGAUUACAUCCACAAGAAUCGCGAUAAACUCAUGGAGGAACGGAGACAGAGGAUUUUUGCAAAUAGCUAUACGAACAGCGAUUUUUUCGAUUUGGACGACGUCGUCGAAGAAAAUGAGGAAGAAUGA